GAAAUCGUGGUCUUGGAAUGAUACGAGAAUGAGUAAAAUAAAAUUGUUGAGUAAUCUAAUCUAUGAAUUUAAUGAAAUGUUACAGUAUAUUCUACUGCCUAAAAGCGGUACAACCCUCUCUUUUUAGUUUAUGCUACUACAAACUCCCUCUUAUAUGUGAAUAAACUUGGCUUUUAUGAUUCUACGAAAUAUACAAUUAGAUAUCAGCAUUGCAUGUUUCAUGCCUCCCACAUCUAUCUCAUAAAUCGAGGGUAAACUGUAGCUUCCUGAGCUGAAAUACUGAUCCUGUGGUGCUUGAUGGCUGAAGUCAGAAUGAGGUCACUGUCGCUUUAAGAAGCAUCCUGCUCGAGUUCUUGCUCUUUGACUUCUGUGAGCGCCGCUCAGAUCUCCGUCCACAAAUGCUGCUGCUGAUGUGGAGAGAAAGAAGACAGGGACACGGAGAGGGUUUAGAUGUGAGAGGAAUGGCUGGAACGUCUUGCAAUGUUGUAUGAAGACUUUAUUCGUAAGUGGAUGGAGAAGGUUUAGUCCAGCGGAGAAGUUUCAAACAGCUCUCCAUCAUGGAUUCACUCGACCAGCAGGGCAGAGAGAGGUUGAUCUUCUAUCUGACUGUGCCGCUGUCUUCGAUCAUCAUCUUCUCCAACCUCUUCAUCAUAAUAGGCAUCGCCUGCAACCGUCAGCUGCACAACACCCCAAACUACUUCUUCUUGAGCCUGCUGGUGGCCGACCUGUGCACCGGCAUCACCCUGCCCUUCAUUCCCCGCAUGACUCUGGACCGGAAGCUGGAUUUCAAGCAAUGCUUGGUGAUGUACAUCUUCCCCAACUUUCUGUUCCUGUCGUUCCUCUUCAAUCUGGUGAUGGUGCAUUACGAACGCUACCUGUGCAUCGUCAGCCCGCUCCACCACAGCCAGUUCUGGGUCCACCGCUGCUUCCCGCUGGCUUUGCUGACCGCUUGGCUCCCUCCAUUGCUGUAUGCAUCGCUUCCCGCCUUUGGGUGGAAUAACUGGGUUGAACCCAUCUCCAACAAGAGCUCAGACUCGAGCAGGAUCUCGUCGGCGUCUCGUAACUCCUCCAAAGUGGAUGAGGUUUGCUCCUACAAACUGGUCUUUCCCAAGGCCUUCAUUUAUUUGGAAGUGUGCGGACUGGUGCUGCCGGCCAUGCUGUCCAUCGCGGCCAUGACGGGACGGGUGUUGUGGAUCGCUCGCAAGCAGCUGCAGGACAUCUGUAAGCUCCACCGUGCCGUGGACCGUCUCCAGCAGCAGCAGCAGCAGCCUUCGGAUCACGAGCAGCAGCUUAACCUGCGCUACGCCAAAUGCGUGGCCGCCGUGUCCCUCACGUUCCUGGUCUGCUGGGUGCCGUACAUCAUCUACCAGCUCAUGUCCGUGACGGCGCUGCAGACCGGGGUGAGCUUGCCGAGCUCAUCUCUGUACAUCAUCAUGUCCUGUACGGGAAUCGGGAGCAUGGCCAUCAUUCCCCUCAUACUGGGACUGGCCAACAAGCAGUACACUGAGCCCAUCAGCAGGCUGAUGCUCAAACUGAGGAACCGCUGGAGAGGAGGACAGAAUAACAGAGAUAUUGCACUCUGACCAGGACAGUGAGUAGAUAGGAUGUUCCAACUGAAUCUGUAAAUGAAAGAUCUGCUGUGCGUUAAAUACUUUAUGAAAUAUACACUAUUAAAGCGCCCCUAUUAUGGAUUCUUGAAAACCGCUUUCAUCCGGUUUGCAAGAAAGCUCUAACUAAAUGAAAACAUCCUGCAGAGUUGACUGUGCAUCAACUUAUUGGCUAUUUCUCAAAGUGUUCUUCAGCAAUCUUGUGCACUUGUUUUACGUCGUUAUUAACCACCGAAGUUCAGUUCCAGUUCUCAAGAACGCAAGCACAGACCUGUACAGUGUGCAGACUCCUGAGCUGUGUCUCAUUUAGAAGGCUGCACCCUCCGGAGGUCGAAUGCUCUGUGGGAUGCCUUCGCGGUUCCAAGAUGGCGGCCACAUCUACGUGCCUGGAGCAGUCUACUGGGGCAUCUAUAUGUCUAUGAGCGGACUUGAUAGAAUCGAACCGUUACAAAUCCCAGAAGACGCCGCAGGCUGGUAUACGGAGACCAGCAAGCCUUGAACUCGCUCUAGCAAAUACUUGACGGCUCUUGAAAGUAAACAUUUACCGUUUAUCGAGAGAAAGUCUGCAGAUUUUAUUGCAAUAGUAAAAUGAAUCUUAACACAGUCAUAAUGUAACGCUGUAAACUAAAACAAUAUACAAUCCUACGAAAAUAACGUUAACAAAUGUUUUUAUAAGUUAUAACAUUUGUUUGUAAUGUUAUGUUGUAUUUAUUGUUCAGUUGCUAAUGCUGAGACUAUGCGGUCAGUUAAGCAAGAAUGCAGUACGUUUCAAUUCUCAAGAAAAUGUUUUUUGACCUUGUUUGCAUGUCAACCUGUUGUUGAGGCCUCCGACAAACCAAAAUAUGAACCUCUUAUAAACCAUAAUAGGGGCACUUUAAAAAUAGGUGCUUAAAAUAGGUUAGAAGAACCAUUUAUGUUCACCAUUCGAUCCAAUUUAGCUUUUUAUAAUCUAAAGAACUUUCUUUGGCUAUAAAGAACCUUUUGUCAAACAGAAGAGCUUUAUGAAACCAUUAAGACAAAAAAGGUUAUUUAUGGUAUUGCGAAGAACCAUUAUUUUUAAGAGUACACUACUGUUUAAAGGUUUGGGGUUAGUUAGAUUUUAUAUUAUUUUGGGAAAAUAUUAUUUUUGGUGUAUUUG